GCAAUUACACUCGAAUCUCUCUCUGAUAUUAGAAAGCAGCACAUGAGAGAAAGCAAAGAAUAACGUCAAAGCCCACUUUUCUGCCUUCCCUCGGUUUCCGAUAAACCUUUUCCCCAUUCAUGCUUUUCGCAAAACCUUAAUUUUAUUCGAUAUUUUAAUUAUUUUCUUUGUGAAAUAUAUUUGUGCUGCUUUCGAUACAUAUUGGAUUCCUUUUCUCUCACUUGCUGGAAAAUCGCUGCAUUUUCUCUGAUUCCUCGAACCCAUCUGCAAAAAACCGUUGCUUUUCCCCCUAAAUCUCUGUGAAGAAAAACGAACAAUUAGUACUGCUUCAGAAAAAAAAAAGACUUUCUCCCUCUUUGCCCUGUAAAACCCAUAAUUUUCGUGGCGAUUUUCCCCCUAGGAAACGGUGGGAUCAUGGAGAGGCUGUGGUUUCUUAACUGGGUUUUUGUUGUGUGGCUCCUCGGUUGUGUUUGUGUUUGUGUUUGUGUUGAAGGUCUUGGUGUGAAUUGGGGUACCAUGGCAACCCACAAGUUGCCUCCAGACACAGUGGUUAAGAUGUUGAAAGACAAUGGGAUUAAGAAGGUGAAGCUGUUUGAUGCAGAGCAGUCUACAAUGAGCGCUCUGGCUGGGUCUGAUAUCGAGGUCAUGGUCGCUAUUCCCAACGAUCAGCUGGCGGUGAUGAACAGCUAUAAUCGUGCUAAGCAAUGGGUCCAGAGAAACGUCACCCGCUAUCUGUUCAAUGGAGGAGUUAACAUCAAAUAUGCAGCAGUUGGCAAUGAGCCUUUCCUGACAUCCUACAAUGGCUCAUUCUUGAAUGUCACCCUCCCAGCACUUCAGAACAUUCAGAAUGCCCUUAAUGAAGCUGGUGUCGGAGACUCCAUAAAGGCCACUGUUCCUUUAAAUGCCGAUGUGUACAAUUCACCAGAGACCAGUCCCUAUCCAUCUGCCGGGAGGUUCCGGAAUGAUAUUAGCGACCUAAUGACCCAGAUUGCCCAGUUUCUAAGCAAGAACAAUGCCCCUUUCACAGUAAACAUUUACCCUUUCCUAAGUCUUUAUGGCAAUGACGACUUCCCUGUUGACUAUGCCUUCUUUGACGGGGUAAGCCAGCCCGUCGUUGAUAGUAAUGGGAUUCAGUACACAAAUGUUUUUGAUGCCAACUUUGACACCUUGGCAUCUGCUCUUAAAGCUGUUGGAUAUGAGAACAUGACCAUUAUUGUAGGCGAGGUGGGGUGGCCUACAGAGGGAGACAAGAACGCCAAUAUAGGCAAUGCUUAUAGAUUUUAUAACGGGCUUUUACCGAGACUUGCAGCCGGUAAGGGCACCCCAUUACGCCCUGGAUAUAUAGAAGUGUACUUGUUUGGUCUUAUAGAUGAGGAUGCCAAGAGCAUUGCUCCGGGAAAUUUUGAGCGCCACUGGGGAGUUUAUAGGUAUGAUGGGCAGCCCAAAUUUACGAUGGAUCUUUCUGGUCAGAAUCAAAAUAAACUUCUUGUGCCUGCACAAAAUGUGGAAUAUCUCCCUAACAAAUGGUGUAUGUUUAACCCCAAUGCCAAGGAUCUGAGCAAGCUUGCAGAUAACAUAAAUUUUGCUUGCACCUUCGCAGAUUGCACAUCACUCGGAUAUGGUUCCUCCUGUAACAACUUGGAUGCUAAUGGGAAUGCGUCUUAUGCAUUUAAUAUGUAUUUCCAGGUACAGAAUCAGAACCCAUUGGCUUGCAAUUUUCAAGGUUUGGCCAUGGUGACUGCACAGAAUAUCUCGCAAGGGAACUGCAAUUUUCCCAUUCAGAUAGUUGCAUCUUCUUCGGGGGGGUGCUCAACGGUUACUGCAGUGUUUGUAACUCUAUUCCUGUUUAUGUUGCAAUAGAUGAUUAAUUUUUAAUUUUUAAUUUUAAUUUUUUUGGAGAUCAA